CUUAUUAGCAUUGCUACUGAGAUUUGGAUGAGAAAAUCAUGAGGAUUUGAUUACAUAAUCUCUUUUAUGACAUGAUCUGAGUUCAUCAAUCCUAAUCCUACCUACCAAUCCGACCUUCAUGAGAGAGAAUCCAUUGUCUAGUGUAUAAGGAAGGCAAGUAUAAGAAGUCUCAACUCUUCUCAGUAUCAGAGAGUGUUUGAAUCGAACAGAGAUAUGGCAGACCAAUCUGCAACAGGAAUCCCCACUGAUCCCUACGACCAACUUAAACUCAUCCGAAACCCAGAUGGCACCAUCACUCGAAUCCCCCAAGUCCCCGACGCUCCUGCAACCGGCGACGCCCUCAGUUCUGACGUGCUCUCCAAAGAUAUCCCUCUCAAUGUGGCAAACAACACCUUCGUCAGAAUCUACCGCCCCAGAGAUGCCACCAAGGGCUCCAAUCUGCCACUCAUAGUCUACUUCCACGGCGGCGGCUUCAUCCUCUUUAGCGCCAUUUCCGUUCAAUUCCACGACCUAUGCGUCCGUAUGGCCAGAGACUUCAACGCCGUCAUAAUCUCCGUCGACUACCGCCUCGCUCCCGAACACCGCCUCCCGGCGGCAUACGAGGACGCCAUCGAUUCAAUCAUGUGGGUCAAGAACCAGGCAUCCAACGGGGAGCCAUGGCUGAGAGACUACGUGGAUUUCUCCAAAUGCUUCCUCAUGGGCAGCAGCGCCGGAGCGAACAUGGUGUACCAAGCGGCGUUGCGGUUGGAGGAAUCGGAAUCAGAUCUCAAACCAGUGAAGAUUAGUGGGAUGAUACUGAAUCAGCCUUUCUUCGGUGGGGUACAGAGGACGGAAUCGGAGCUGAGAAAGAUGGACGACCAGAUAGUACCGCUGCCAUCGACGGACUUGAUGUGGGAGCUGUCGUUGCCCAGCGGCGCCGAUCGGAAUCACGAAUACUGUAACCCUAUGCUGAAGGGGUUGUCGGAAUCGGAGAUUAGAGCGUUGAAGAGGCAGAGGUGGUUGGUUUGCUACGGCGGGGAGGACCCGUUAAUGGAUCGGCAGAAGGAGUUUAUGAAAAUGUUAGAGGAGAGUGGAGUUGAGUUGGUGGUUCAUUGUGAAGAAAAGGGUUUUCAUGCUAUGGAGGUCAUUGAGCCCGAUAAGGUUAAAGGUUUGUUCGAUUGCAUUAGGGACUUCGUCAAUUCUCCCUCUUCGGAAUAGUAGAUUCGACUUCCCUCCGUGUCUGCUUCUUCAAUGGUAUGAACUCCAUGGUUGUUUUCUUACCAAAAAACUCCAUGGUUGCUUGGUUGGUCGGUCGUGCUCCUGCACUUAUCAGUUCCAGAAUCCAGAUACCAGGGUUAAAAGUCUGAAUAUUUAUGUUUUUUGAUCUUUUUCAUCCUUAAUUAUCAUCUAGCGUGCUUCAGUACUUCAUUGUUAUAUCGUCUUGGUUUCCAGUGGAAAAAAAUAUAAAAAUUGUAAUUUUUUUC